AUGAACGUAUUACGCUCACCUACUAGAAGUGGCCUCGCCACCAACUUUAGUGGAUCUCAACCAAACUUAUCGUCUGGAAAUAUACAAUCAGAAUUCUCUGAAUUUCAAAAUGUUAACUUAAGAUCAAAAAGGAAGAAAAGAGAAGACGAUGAAAGUACUAAACAAGAUAUUGGUGAAAUACGGAAACAAAUAUCGAUGAUGAUGUCUAUGCUAACAACGUUUGGUGAAAAGCAACAGCAGUUCAUGGAAAAAAUAUCGUCUGAAAUAUCAUCUAUAACGGAACAAAUUAAUAGUAUUUUAAGUCAACACUGGAAAACC